UAACAUUUAGGGUUCGAAUAUGUUUUGUACUACCUUACAAGAUCUAUUCUGCUAUUUUUUACAUUUCAGACCGUGGAUCGAAUUUUGUUUUGUUUUGGUUGGAUUUGGAUUUCGGGUUACAGAGUUUAUGCCUAGAUCUACUUUAAAUAAAGAAAAAAUAUUAUAUAAUGUUUUACCGAAAAUUAUUUCGUUAUUUGAAAUCACGGAUCAAAAUCUAGGAAAGUGAGUGAAAGCAAAUGCAAAUCUAAAAAAAGAACUAGACCAUCUAUAAAUCAUCCAGAGCAAAGUGUUUCUAUAUUUACGUACCAAUAAGAAAAUGAACUCUCGAAACGUAACCAUUUGGUUUAAUAAUCGAAAUUCAGGAACUUGCGAAGGUGGAGCUGGGAUCAUUGUUUAUGGGUUUGACUAUCAACAACAUCAUUAGAAUGUUGGCCGGAAAGAGAUAUUACGGCGAUGGAACAGAGGACGACGAUGAGUCAAAACACGUUAGGGACUUGAUCGCCGAGGUGGUUACUACCGGCGGUGCAGGAAACGCUGCUGACUAUUUUCCGAUCCUUUGCUGGUUAACAGAUUAUGAGAAACGGGUCAAGAAAUUAGGCGCUCGGGUUGACGAGUUUUUGCAAAGUAUAGUGGAUGAGAAACGUGCGGAGAAAGUAAAGGGUUAUGAUAUUAGCCGGGACUGAUACAUCAGCAGCAACGUUAGAAUGGGCCAUGUCGAACUUGUUGAACCAUCCAAAUGUAUUAAAAAAGGCAAAGACCGAGAUCGACGAGAAAAUCGGUUUAGACCGGUUAAUAGAAGAACAAGACAUUGUAAAACUUCCUUAUCUCCAGAGCAUAGUGUCAGAGAAGAUUGCAUGGUGGCAGGGUAUGAUGUCCCACGUGACACAAUCUUAUUGGUGGGAAGAACCAGAAAAGUUCAAGCCAGAGAGGUUUGAGAAAGAAGGGGAAGAUAAAAAGUUGAUGUCAUUUGGGAUAGGAAGACGAGCUUGUCCUGGAUUAGGGCUAGCUCAGCGGCUAGUAACAUUGGCUUUGGGUUCGUUGGUCCAGUGUUUCGAGUGGGAGAGAGCUGGGGAAGAAUAUGUGGACAUGAGGGAAACUGAAAAAGGAAUCACAAUGCGCAGAGCUACAUCGUUGGAAGUUAUGUGUAGAGCUCGUCCCAUUGUUGAUAAGAUUUUAGAUGCUUCUAAUUCUUGUUCAUAAACUCCAUCGUCAUAAUCUCGUCUCAUUGUCCGAAGGCUCGUACAUUCUCUAGAGCAAGACUCAGCCUUACUAGAUUUUGUAUAAAGGUUUUCAAAAUGUUUGGUAGACGUCAUUUAAUAACGACAAAUAUAUUGUGACA